UCGCCAAGGGCGACACUUUCUAGUUAAAUACUGCGUAUACAGCGAUGGCGGUCGGGUAAAUAUAAUUUCCAUGCCCAAUUCAACCCCGAGCGGAUGACUUCCAGCCCUGAGACCUUCAAUUUUGGUCAUCCAGCAAGGCUUCCCGAGGCUCUCCGUCUCUAUCAUCUCCAACGGGCUCCCGUGCCGAUCUAGUCAGGCGCCGCCCCGGUGCUCUCCGGACUUUUGCACGCGUCCGAGAACGAUGCUGCACUCCCUCAUUCGCUGGGAACCAACAUAUCGACCGUGACCUCGCGGUCCAUCCUUCCCGAAGAUGUAAUCCGGUGGGAUUAUCCGCCAGUUGCCUCGAUCUAGGAAUUCUCAGUGCUGAACCUGUGACACGGCUGUGGGAAUGUUUUGGGACCUGCAGACCUGCAGACCUACACGUCAGUGCGAGGGCCGGGUCUACGCCACCUCUCCCAGCUCGAAGACGUCUUGGUGUUCCGCCUGUGCUCAAACAGCUCUCCCAUGGAAUACUUGCAUUCUCUGUUUUGCACUGGAUUGACUGUAGUGGAUCGUCUUGGACUUCGGAUCCGGGCCGCGACUGAGGGGAGGCGACCGUAGAGAUACUUAGUUUCAAGGCAAUCUCAUUGGGUGUGGACAGGGGGAUGAGGCUGCCGAUCGCAAGGCACUCUAGAGCUCACCUAGAGCUCCCUUUAGGUUUUCGAGGAGACACAUGAGAUGGAUGUCCCUCAGAAUCUAUAUUUCUUCUAGCGGCAAAUGAUCGCCGACGGAUAUCGUGCGGUCUAGACUUCGCACACAAUUGAGAGCUUCUCCCAGCAACCCCUCCGCUUGCCAGUGCCAAUAGAGAUCGGCCAUGGCAGUAGAAUCGGUUGGUGCAUAUCUGAGACCCGGGUCCUUGGGAAUCGGUUGCGGUAGCAUGUGUCUUUGUCCUUGUUGUGUGUCCAACGCGCAAUCCUCAUUGUUUCACAUUCCUGACUCGCUGGGCACUGCUGGGCUCGUUUGGGCCUCGGUAGAUGGCUCUUUUCCUGCGUUCUACCUUGUUAUAAACCUUUCUUCCAUCGCUCUCGCCUAACCCGCCCCGGAUCAUGGAAGCCAAGCCGCCCAGUGCGACAGCCGGGGACGAAGAUUCUGUCCGACCGCCCCAUCCAAUUCUCACCCAGCACAUCGCAGAUGACAUCCUAGAGGUCCUUCGAAACGACACGUCCCUCCGGGACACAAUAAAGAAACUAGAAACCGAACUGUCGGUUUAUAAACGCGCUUUUGCCGAUGUAGAAGGCGAGCUCAAGAACUCUCGGCUCGCGUACCUCGAGGCACAGUCCGGCAAUCGUGUUGUCAUCCUGUUAGACGGCGACGGAGCCAUAUUCUCCGGCCAACACAUCUCCAAAGGCCGUGAGGGCGGUCACAAGGCUGCACAAAUCCUCUCCGACGCGACACUGCAAUGCCUCGCACAGAACUUCGGCUCUCGAUCGUUCCAGCUCUGGGCUUUCGUCUUCUUCAAUAAACGCGGCUUGGUGGACACUUUCCGGCGAACUGGCAAAGGGACCUGGGCGGCCAAUCUGGACGAGUUUGUUCUUGGGUUCAACCAGUCGACAGAGAGGUUCGUCAUGGUCGACGUGGGCGGGAUGAAAGAGGCUGCAGAUGCGAAAUUAAAGGCGUAUCUGGAGCACGAAAUCAGACUGCCCGAAACGUUUAAAGUCGUAUUUGGUGCAUGCCACGACAAUGGUUAUGUUGCGAAUCUGCAUUCGCAAAUCACGGCUGGCUUCAAAGAAAAACUCAUCUUGCUCAAGAGCUAUACGGAAAUGGCAGCGGGGAUAGCGGCACUAAGCCUGCCUACGCUUACCAUUGAAGAUCUGUUCAUGUUAAAUAAGAUCGGCGACGCGGUGCUGCCCCCGUCGCCGAAAUCGACGACGUCCUCCGCCUCCUUGAAAUCGCCUCCUUUGAGUGGCAAAGUUAGCCUCGGUCUUGCGGUCUCUCGACCGUUGAACCCAGAGCUACCGUUAACGAAACGUGGGACAUCCGCUGACACUUCGCCCUCGCCGCUGACACAAUCUGACCUAACAGAACACCCUGCCCCGUGUACAAGUCAUUACUUGAAGAACAGCUGCCCAUUCCCUCUGGACUGCCGCUUCGCGCAUGAUUACGUCCUCAGCACGGCUCAGGUUCUGGAGUUGGCCAAAUCCGCGAAAAGGGCCCCGUGUCCUACCGCUCUCAAGGGCAAGAAGUGCGAGAACGAUGAAGAUUGUAUUUAUGGGCACGUUUGCCCUGCUGGGGCCAACUGCUUCUUCCAGAAGAAAGCCAAGUGCAGAUUCAAACAUGCUAGUAUGCAUCCUGCGUAGUAAGCAGCGUCGGUAACAGACUUGGAUCGCAAGUGGACCACAGGAACAUCAUACAGAGUAGUGAAACUGUUGCUGAGAGUUCUCGCGUUCGGAUGGUUUACAAGAGCGGGGAUAUAUGGAUACAGAAGGUCAUUAGCAUCACUAGUGUGUAUGU